GCGCAAGCCAAGGCUAUGCCGCACGCCAGCGCAGACGUUGCCAGUGAGUGGCUGUCUGCGCUGAGUCGCUGGGAAGCUGCUGGCGCUGAGAGAAACGCUCACUUCAGCUACCACACUCUGAGCAUGGCUGGUGACUUGCCGCUGGCCGUGCUGGCGGACGAUGUGGCCGGGCCGGCGCCCGGCAGCUGCAUGUUUUGGAGUGUGAACCAGCAGAAGUUGCUCCGACAAGUUCUGGCUUUGAACGAGGGCAUUGUGCUGUGCUGCGACUUUACGUAUAAG